GACCUAGUCCGGCUGACUGUUUGCAUUCGAUUCUUACCGCGAGUGCACGCUCGAUCGAUAUUGAUCGCAAUCGUUUCGUAUUAUUUUACGAGGCAACAUUUGACAGUGCCGCGAUUUAGGGUUGGGACUUAUAAGGUAGUGUGGGACUAACAUAGUGCCUUGUUAUAGUGGUUCAUCAUUUCACGAAGGAGGACGUCUUUUAAUUGUAGUAUAAACCAAGAUGGCGGAAAUGUCAUUCGCCAACAACACCGUGCAGGAUGGGUUCUCUGAUGUGGUCAGUGACCAUUUGAAGGGGCUCGGGAGGAUGUUCUACCUCCACUCGCCUAAGGAAACCAUGUUUGAAAGAAAGGAAGAUGUACCAAACUUUUUUAGACAGUCAUGGCCAUACUUCUUUAUCUUCAUGAUGAUAGAACACAUAGUCUUAAGGCUAAAGGGAAAGCCAGGCAUCAGGCUAAACGAUGGAAUCACAAGCAUUUCACAUGGAAUCUUCCAGGAGUGCGGCAGGCUAGUCUGGCGUGGAGCGGAGUCAUAUUUAUAUACGUGGAUAUAUGCCAACUUCAGGCUGGUAGACUUACCUUGGGACCAUGCUUUUACAUGGUAUGCAGCUGCUUUGGGAGUCGACUUCUGUUAUUACUGGAUGCACAGAGCUUGCCAUGAGGUGCACAUCCUUUGGGCUCAACAUCAAGUUCACCAUACUUCUGAAGACUUCAACAUGGGUGUCGGUAUACGACAGUCUAUGCUGCAAGGGUGGUGUGGAUUUGCCUUCUAUCUACCUCUCGCGCUGGUAAUUCCACCGGCACAGUUCGUGAUGCACCAUCAAUUCAGUUACCUAUACAUGUUCUGGAUCCACACUGAGGCUAUCAAGAGUCUUGGACCGCUGGAGUACAUCCUCAACACACCAAGCCACCACAGAGUCCAUCAUGGCAGCAACAAAUACUGCUUGGACGUGAACUACGGCGGAGUACUGAUCAUCUGGGAUCGCCUUUUCGGUACCUUCAGACCAGAGACAGACAAGAUUGAAAUCGUUUACGGACUUAUUUACAACCAACCUUCUUUUAACCCACUGUAUUUGCAGGCUUUCUACAAUAACUACAUAUUAAAGAAGAUCCGUAGGCUAGACAGCAUGGAGAACAAGUUAAAGGCAGUGUUUUGGGGGCCGAGCUGGGAGCCAGGCACGCCACGACUUGGUGAUGAAGACGAAAAAAUAGACGUGGAAAACAGAGACAAAUACGACGUUACGCUGCCAACGUGGUGUAACCUCUACCUCGUGGCACACUAUACUAUCGUAUUGUACGGCUUCUUCGAACUUGCUUCAAAGUACAUGGGCAUGACACCAAUCUCGGUUCUAGUCUUCGUGCUCUACAUCAUUGCGUCACUGACAAUCAUCGGAAUGCUUUUCGACAACUCCAAGUACGCGGCUCUACUUGAAGUGUUCCGUUGCUCAGCUCUUGCCUUCCUCACCCGAAGCAUCGCCGUCACCAGCCCAGGGUACGGCACAGCGCUACAGAUCUUCUACGUAGCCUCAGCUAUGUUCUGGUGCCUGAACAUGCUGAAGUUCUUGGAGAUCAAGAAGACGAGGAAGGUGGAAUAAAGUCUGAUACUUUUUGACUGUUAUUUUUUGCGAGAUUAGGUGAAGCAACUGUAGUUAAUGAAUAUUUGAUUGAAUAACUGAUUGUUUUAUGUAUGAAGGAAUUUGAAACGUGUUUUUAUAUUUGAUUUUUGACUUUAGAUUUCUGUUUAAAGAUUUUGCAAGGUAAACCGUAUCAGUCGACGUUCAUUAUGUUUCAAUACAUGCCAUGAGUGAAAUGAUGAUCUACAGUUUUAAUCUUUAGUUAUGAAAGUUACGUUAACAUUAAUAAAUUUUACUUUUAUCGUAAUUAUAAAAAGACACCUAUUAAGUACAAUUUAUAAUGAAGACCAUCAGUGCCUUCUUUUCGUUUUUCAAAUCUGUGCCUUUAAAUCAUAAGCACAAAACGGCAACAACCGCUGUCGUGAAGAGAGACGUCGCUACGCGCAGUAUAAUUUUGUCUCGUUUCCACAACGGCGGUUCAACGUCCCUCACCUAUAUCGCUGUUUACACUAAGUAAAGUUAAUUACAAUAAUUAGGUAAUUAGAGCAAAGCUCGAUUGAGUAAUUUCAAUUAUAAACUGAUCAAUAACGGGUUUCAUCCUGUUUGCUUUUGACAAUAUAAUUAAUCAAAGUGAAAUGGCCUUGAUCAUUUUAUACAGAUUAAUGGAAACUUAAAAUUUCAGUCAAUCUUAUUAACACGUUUCACAUUAUUUGUAUAAUUUUAUAUAACAUGAUGUAUUUUAAUGUAUAAACCAAUUUAUCGUUAUUCUCAUAGGGUAUAUAUUUUUAUAAGAGAACACCAAAUAAUUAGAUUUUAUAAGAUACUUGUAAUUUGCAUAAGAUGAUAAUGUUUUUGUACAGCAGAUAUUUGUAAAUAAUUAAUUCAUAAUUAAUUAUUUGAAGUCGCCUUAGCAUUUGAAUAGUGAUUAGUUAUUUUUGAUAUUGAUAUGUUUAAAUAACUUUUGAUAAUUUAUUUGUUACGAGUUUAUUUCAAUACAGCACAUAUUUCUAGUA